AGUGGGCAGGAUGGGUCACCAGCAGCUCUACUGGAGCCACCCCAGGAAGUUUGGCCAGGGCUCCCACUUGUGCCGCGUGUGCUCGAACCGCCACGGCCUGAUCCCCAAGUACGGGCUGAACAUGUGCCGGCAGUGCUUCCGCCAGUAUGCCAAGGACAUCGGCUUCAUCAAGUUGGACUAAA